AUGUGGCCCUUUGGAGGUUCUCAACAUAGGCAGAUCUGCCGACGAAAGCAAGAUGAACGAGCCUCUCGUAUAGCAAAUCUUCCUUCAUCUUAUCAAGGUCCGCUCUCAUCCUCGGAGCGCUCUAUCUUGGAUGCACCCAUUGAUGAACUCGUCCAAAAUGUUCAGAGCUCCUCUCAAUCACCCACUGAUAUCCUCCGCGCCUAUGGCAAAGCUGCUGUCAAGGCCCAGGCAGCCACGAAUUGUGUCACGGAGAUCAUGUUCCCGCAGGCCGAAACCUGGAUCUCUGAUGGUAGUAUCAAUCUCAAAGGUCCUCUGGCCGGUAUUCCUGUGAGCUUGAAGGAUUCCAUCAUCGUGGGAGGUUGGGAUGCCAGUGUUGGAUACUCUGGUAAAUGCUUCAAACCUCAUGGGAAAGAUGGUGCAAUGGUGAGACUACUCAAAGAUGCUGGUGCGGUACCAUUUGUCAAGACCGCUCUUCCGAUUACCCUGCUAUCUUUUGAGAGUACGAAUGAUGUUUGGGGGAGAUGCACGAAUCCUCAUAACAAGAACUACUCUCCAGGCGGCAGUACGGGUGGUGAAGGCGCACUUCUGGCUUUCGGUGGCUCGAGGAUCGGUAUCGGAAGUGAUGUCGCUGGUAGUGUCAGAGCUCCUGCACAUUUCAGUGGAUGCUUCUCACUGAGAUGCAGCACAGGAAGAUGGCCAAAAUACGGUGUUGACACUUCUAUGCCUGGUCAAGAAGGUAUCCCUAGUGUUUUCUCGCCCAUGACGAGGACACUUGGAGAUUUGGUAUACUUUACGAAGAGUUUGAUCGAGAUGAUGCCGUGGAAGUAUGAUCAGAGUGUUCAUCCUUUGGCCUGGAGACAGAAUGUAUACGACGACUUCAAGGACAAGAAGAAGUUGAGAGUCGGUGUACUCAGGACUGAUGGCGUUGUCGAUCCUUCUCCUGCUUGUGCGAGAGCACUUCAGACGACCGUCGAUGCGCUGGAACAACAAGGUCAUGAGUGUUUCGACCUUACUUUGCCCACCGCACCCUAUGCACCCCUCGACGCUCUGGCCAUCGCUUCACAACUUCUCAAUGCAGAAGGUACGCGAACCUAUACUGGUUUCUUCUCCCGCGGCGAAACAAACGAUGCAGGAGCCACUCAACUGUCUUUUUGGAUGAACCUUCCUUCCCCUCUCCGCUGGCUCUAUGUCAAAUACCUUCGCUAUAUCCGUGGCGAUGCUGUUUGGUCUCGUCUCUUGGAGUCACUUCAUGAGAAAUCGGCAUACGAAAACUGGCAAUUGGUAUAUCAACGCGAGAGCUUCAAGAACGUAUGGUUUGACUGGUGGACUUCGCUUUCCUCAGCAUCGGGUGCGGAAGUUGAUAUCCUACUGACACCUCCAAACGCAACACCAGCAGUUCCUCACGAUGGUAUGCGCGAUGCCAUAGCCUCUUGUGGUUAUACUUUCCUCUUCAACCUGUUAGACUACACUUGUGGCAUUAUUCCCGUCACUAAGGUGGAUGGUGCCAAGGAUGCUUUGACCAAGGAUUUUGUAGUCAAUAACAAUGGGGUUGCAAGGGGUGCGUUUAUGCAUUAUGAUGCUAAGAAGAUGGAGGGGUUACCUGUUGGUGUACAAGUUGUAGGGAGGAGGUUGGAGGAGGAGAAAGUGCUUGCUGUCAUGGAAAGAGUUGAGAGUGCUUUGAGAGAUGCGGGGAGUGUGUAUGACUUGUUGGAGGUGCCUUAG